AUGGCAUCUCUUAUUAAAUUGGCAACAAAAUUAGCGAUUGUCGGAGGUGCUACUGUACUUGUUGUUAAUCACGAAGUAUUUGGUGCGAAUAAAUAUACUCAACAAAUCAUCAAUGAAGUUCGUACAAAAUUACCCGAUACAGCUGAAGCUUUCGAUCAAAUUCCUACUAAACAAGAACUUAAUAAUAGUCUUGUGGAAAGUUGGAAUUCCGGUGUUCAAAAAACAUUUAAAUGGAUUGCUGAUGCACCAACACACACAUCUCAAUUAGUUUCUAGUGUCUCAGACAAAAUCAAAGGCUAA